UGCAGAAGGCGGGGCUGGAAGGAAGGAGGGAGGGAGGGAGGAUGGGCAGGCUGAAGUCUGGGCAUCAGACUUGCAAGGUCGCGUGUGGGCUGCGCCAGCGCGCCUUGGAAUCUCACCCUGUCCUGAGCCUGGAGCCCUAAACCGAGGUAGAAAGUUUGGUUCCUCCAUAAUGGAGAGCAGGAAUACUCUGGAUCAGGAUGAAGUUCAGAAACCGGAGCCUGGGAGAAAUACGGGAAACCAUAACGAUUCGAAUACGGAUUUGCAAGUCACCUACACCCACGAAGAGGUUGCGUUUUUUCAUUUACAUCAAACACAUCAUUUUGAUGAGUUUGAAUACCCUUCAGAUCAAUACUGCAAGCAAGAUCUCUUCCCCAAAUGGCACUUGCCACUGAAGAUAGCAUCUAUAGCCUCAUUGCUAAUAUUUAUCUAUACUUUUCUGAGAGAUGUUGUCCACCCUUUUGUCACUACUAAUGAAAACACUUUCUAUAAAAUUCCAAUACUGGUCAUAAACAAAGUUUUACCAGUGGUUUCAAUCACCCUUCUUGCACUGGUUUAUUUACCAGGGAUAUUUGCUGCAGGUUUCCAGCUCCACUAUGGGACCAAGUACAAACGAUUUCCACAGUGGUUGAAUGGGUGGAUGUUAUCAAGAAAGCAACUCGGCCUUCUCAGUUUUUUCUUUGCCUCAAUGCAUGCAUGCUAUAGCUUGUGCUACCCAAUGAGGAGAUCUUACAGAUACAAGCUUUUGAACUGGGCGUACCAACAGGUCAAGCAAAAAAAGGAAAAUGCCUGGAUUGAACAUGAUGUCUGGAGAAUGGAGAUUUACGUGUCUCUAGGGUUUCUGGGACUAGCUCUGCUGGCCAUACUGGCAGUAACAUCAAUUCCAUCUGUCAGCCAUUCUUUGACCUGGAGAGAGUUCCACUGUAUUCAGAGCAAGAUGGGGUAUUUAGCUUUGCUGCUAUGCACAAUUCACGCAUUGGUAUUUGCCUGGAAUAAAUGGGUUGACGUAAACCAAUUUGUGUGGUACACUCCCCCUACAUUUAUGAUAGCCAUUUUUCUUCCUAUUAUAGUCCUGCUUUGUAAAAGCGUCCUGCUUCUCCCAUGCCUUAGGAAGAAGAUCCAGAAGAUCCGAUGCGGUUGGGAUGCUAACACAGAGAUGAAUAAAACACAGAUGACUUCCAGACUGUAG